UGUUACUACCUUACUAUUUUUCUGCGCGUGCGCACAAAAGAAGCUCCAUAUUUGAAAACGUAAAUAGUUUCAGUCACAUCGCGGGGGAAACGACUGUUGACAAAAUUUAAUAAUUAUAUAUACUUAAGUUCAAAGUUUCUGAAAAAUGCAUCGUAAUAGGUCAUCAAGUGGCAGUCGUGCAUCACUGGGCCCACUUCGUAUCAAGCAAGACAGUGCUGGAGUACGAGGACGUUCUUUAGCUGGUGGGCGUUUGUCAACAGGAGCAAAUUCUAGAACAGCCAAUGGGAGAAGUUCAAUUGGUGGGUCCAAGAAAUCAAUGAUUCCUAAACCCAGCAUUGGCGGUCUUAAUAAAAGACGUUCAAGUAACUAUGGGCGGCAAACGUAUGGCCAUGAAGUUUUAAAAGAUCCAAGACCAAUCAGCGAUAAAUCGUUCAUGCAUAGAGAAAUUAAAGAGAUAGUAGAGUUUCUGAUUGACAAACGCUACCCUUCACCGGUGACAACUAAAUCGCUUAUCACACCAACUACUAAAGACUUUCUCAGAAUCUUCCAGUUCGUUUAUGCAUUCCUUGAACCGAAGUUUGUCAUGCCAGCAAAGCAUGAAGAAGAAUUGCCAAAGAUCAUGAAAACACUAGGCUACCCAUUUAACAUCAGCAAGAGUUCUCUGUACACAAUUGGUAGCCCACACACCUGGCCACACCUAUUGGCAGCUCUUCAUUGGCUCAUGGAACUCGUCAAGUGUGGUAUGAGUAUGAGACCGGAGGCAAUGCUGUACGGUUGCGGUGAUGAUAUCGCAGACGAAUUUGAUGGCAAAACUGAAGCACAAGUUUUGUAUGAGUUUGUUGAAUCUACUUAUGAUGCAUUUUUGGGUGGAGCAGACACUUACGAGGUGGAGGAGCAAGCUGUCGCCAAAGAUUUCAGACGUAAGGUAUUGUGUGUAGCAGGUGAUAUUCAACAACUUGAGGCUGAGAAACAAAGGCUAACAGCUGAGUUACAGCUAUUGGAAAAUGAACCGUGCCAGCUAACUGCCCUGCAAGAACGCUUUCAGGUGAUGCAGAUUGAUAACAACAGAUUCAAGAACUACCUUGUGGAGCUGGAGAAUCACAAACGAGCUCAGGAACAGAAACUGGCAGAAGUUGACUGCAAGUAUCAACAAGAAGCGCUGGCAUAUGAGCAAACUAUAGCAGAAAACAAGCGACUCAAGCACAUAUUUGACACACAAGAGUUGAGUGCAGCUGAUGUGGAGAGGAUCAAGAUGCAACAGAGAGAACUUGCUCAGACACUGGAGAGUCUGGAAAAAGAGAAGGAAGCAUUCGAUAGAGAAAUAUGGCAGGAAGAAAAGGCCAUAGCAAAAGAACGAGAACAAAUUGAACACCAGGCACAAAGUUACAACAACAUGGCCCGUAAACUGAAGCUGAUUCCCACCACAGCAGAGAAUUCUCACGGUAUCGAUUACGAACUGCGACUUAACUUUGUUUCACAACAUCCAGAUCACGCAAGCAUGAUGAACUUUGCCAAUAUGAUCAAGCCUGCAUUAGUGCAGCUGAAGAAACAAGUCAAAGAGACAGUGCAUGAUAUAAACAGUCAAAAAGAUAUAGAGAUGGAAGCAUUAGAACAGAUCUUGGAGAUGGUUGAGAGCAAACAAGAAGAGAUUAGCCUGCUGGAAACCAAGUUGGAAAGAGCAGAGAGGGAGUUCAUAAGCCACAAAGAGAGAUUGAACAAGGAGUACAAAUCCAGCAUUGAACAGGUUCACGUCUUGGAGGCAGAGGUCCUUGAAUUGAAGCAGCUAUCAGAGACAGACGUUGAAAUACAAGCUAGAGAUUUAGAGGAGAUGAAACGCAAAGCUCAGCAGGAACUGGUGAGGAUGAAGGAGGAAAAACACCAAUUUAAUGUCUUCCUUAUAGAUGUUGUUAAUGAAAUCCUUCAGCACAAGACAAUUAUACAGGAACACAUCAGUGGACUACACACAAAGGCACAGGAAGAACUUAAGAGCUUACAACAAUAGACACUAUAUACAGCUUGAAGAUUACAAAACUAUAGAGGGAGGUUUUUAGUCAUUUCUCUGCUGAUGUGAACUGAUAUGUGGAACAUGUCAAUAACUCUAUGAUAAAAAUCAAUACCCUCAUGAGCUGUUCACUGUAAGGUUAUAAGUAGUGAUAAACUUAUUAUGUAUGAUAUACAUAUAUGUAUGACCUCUUGUAGCAGACGCCAUUUUGUUGAUGGGAACAAUGUGUGCCUAGCCUUUAAUAAUUAUUGUAUAGCCUCUUUUUUUGUAUUCAGAUCCCAUGAAAGUGGCUUAUUUACAUUGUUGGUUUAACAUUAUUCUUUGGGCCUACAUUCAACCAUGUUGUUCAUCCUUGAAUGUGAACAUUUUCACCUUUUCAAAAAUUGAUUGGUUGAUGAAAAUAAGAGGAACAAUACUAUUUAUGCCUAAUAACUGAAAUCUAACAGUAAAAGUAUAUUGGCUCUACGUGUAUAGUAAAAAUUUAUUAGAUGCUUGGUUUGUACACCCAUCUGUGAUGUAGGGCUCAUAAGAAUGCCAUUGCUGCUGAGGUCACUGAUUUAUCACCUAUUCUGUAUAUGUUUUCCUACAAAAGAAUUUUGUAUAGUGUAGCUUUUCGAUCCAGGGAAUAAAGGGGUGUGGCCACCACUGUGAAGUCUUAUAAAUGAAUUUUUGCGAUUUUGAUGGUAAUAAUAUAAGCAGAUGUGAUCUGCUAUAAAUCAUUUGUAGAGUAGGUGGUAUGUAUAGUUGGUCCUUAGGCAACCCCUGGAUUUAGUUCGUUUGUUGCUCAUUGUAUAGGCAUGCAGUAUUAAAAUGUGGUUACCAUUUACAUUUAAAAAAAAAAAAUGUAAA